AUGGCACCUAACACCAGAAGCAACUCCUCACGAGCAUCCAGUAUUGCAGGACCAACAACGGAUGUCGGCCAUGAGCAUCGACGCAGCGAACAACCCACCAGCAGCAGCAGGAAACAGAGCGCCUCAACAACCGCCAGCAAAAGACUUUAUGAGGAACCUCUCAGUGGAGGAGACCGAUCUGCUUCUACAACACAACGUCCAUUACAAGGCAUGGGAAGCAGCGAAGAACCAACAGGACCGACAAGCUUUCAAAAAGGCAACCAUCAAAGGAAAAGCGUCCCACCGGGAACUUUCCAAGAAGAUAGGUUACAAAUCACUGAUGAACAGGACGAACAACUGGAAUCCAGCUCUCUGGGACUGGAACACGUUCGAAAUCAGGAAGAAGGGCAGACCCCAAGUAUCCGGUCCGCAAUUGCUUCGAAAUCAGAACAGAGGCGGGCGAUAUCCACCACUCCCGACCAUGACACAAGGGGAAUUGACACUUCAAUUGCUCCGAGAGGCCGGGAUAGCAGCGAGGAAUUAGACCUCACAGUAUUACCCUUAGAUCGUGAACUGAUAAAUCCUAUGUUCCACCAUUUGAAACUUUAUCUAGACCCCCUUGUAACCAGUAAUGAUAAGUUGUUGAAUGAAAUACAAACUAUUGAGUCGCUCGUUAAAACUUGUGACCCUUCGAGACGAAUAGAUUCAGUUCAGCGAGCAAUAAUGGAUUUGCAAUUACAAAACUCAGCCAAAGUUCAAGAAGAGGAAACGGCUUUGACGAGAUUGCACAACGAAGAAGUGAUUAAGCUCUUGUCAAACCUUACAUUAGAAAAGCGAAGGCAGCACGAUAACAAGGGUCACGAGAUAAACAAAGCACCCGAGGUUCGUGAGCACGACACUCCACCGCAUAUGAGGGAAGUGAUUCCGAGAGAAGUAUACAAAAGAAAAUCUCCUUUUAAACAAAAGGAUCAACUAAACCAACAACGAGCUGAUAUUGAAGAGGAAGAAAGUUGGAUCAACCAUCGAGAAUCUAGUGAGCAAAUAAACAAGGGUAAAAACAAAGAACCCACGAUUAAAAGUGAAGAACCUCCAGAUAAUAGCCUGAGGAUAAUCCAUACGGACUCGAUGUCAUGGCUGGUGAAACAACGCAAAAGAUUACAAGCAGCCCAACCCGGCGCUUCGAAGGACGAGGUAAUAGAUAAAGUGCUUGACCAAUGUCCAGGCAACCUAGACCAUGCAGUCCGUAGUAGACUAGGGGAACAAAACGAUUUUGUGAGCUUCACGAAGGUCUUUGAACAAGUGGUUAAGAGAACUACCAUCGGCCGAGAGAAACCACAAAUGAGAGGAAACCAAGACUGGAAAACUCAGGCUACUAGCGGCAGUAGCAGCGCUAAUAAGCCAGCGAUAGCAAAACCUGCAGUAGUACGAGUACCGGGCAAGUGCGACACAUGUGGUAGCACCGAAUCUGGUCAUGACUUCAGAGCUUGCCGACGUAAGAGCAAAGGAGUUAACAUGAUUGAUCAGGAGCCAUCAGAUGAAGAAACGCCGGCAGUAGAAGAUUUAGAGAUAAAUUUUCAUGAUGACGAAGAUUCUAUGUACGACGACGGUGAAUACCGAGCAGUACAAGAAGAAUCCUCACACACAGCAGAUAUCUCAAACCUUGAGGAAGUGUUCGAGGUAAUGGACAUCUCUUGUUUAGAAAUAACUGAUAAAAGACGACCAGUGUUUGUGGAUAGAAGAAACAUAGUGCCCAAACUUGGGAGUCCUUUUUUGACUACUAUGUGUAACAGUUGGAAAAUGAGCAUGCUUAUCGACACAGGAGCCUGUAAUUCUUUGAUCACACCACGAAUUCUCGACAAAAUCUGGUUGCAUUGGGAAAAAGACGCGAAACGCCCAAAGCACAACCGAAAGUACUUCAGCGCGUCAGGAAAAAUGGAAGCAAUAGGGGAGAUCACCUUACCUAUCCAUUUCCUGCACGAAACAGACCCUUGUAUCCUGAUGAUAGAUUUUUUCAUCAUUGAAAACGCAAGACACGUAGAAGUCAUCCUAGGAGCCGACAUGAUGAAUCUAUACGGGAACGAACUCUAUAUUUCUGCCAAUUCACGAAACUAA